UUUAUUAAUUGUUCAGGAGUCUUAUGACUUGGGAGUAGAAGCUGUUGAGGAGCCUUUCGGACCUAGACUUGGCUCUCCGCUACCGCUUGCCGUUCGGUUGCAGAUAGAACAGUCUAUUUUUUUGGGGGGGGGGGCCUUCCUCUGACACCACCUAAUGUAUAGGUCGUUGAUCAAAUUGGAUUCUCUGUAUUGGUCGCUUUUUAACUUUCUAAUUUGCUUGUCUACUAAAUUAAUAUAUCAAUUUUUUUUAAUUAGAAAGGUAUUUUCUCCACAAUGCCUCCAACCAUAGGUUUUCUCUACAGACAUGUUAUAGGUAUAAUACUACAGUAUAUCAUUUAGGACUCCCCGCCUAUGCCAUAGAGCUACUGUGCCUUCCGAAAGUAUUCACACCCCUUGUUUGUUGUAAAAAAAAAAAAAAUAGGGUUAAUAUAAAUUUAAAUUUGUCAAUGAUCUACACAAAAUAUUCCGUCAAAGUGGAAGAAAAAUUUUAACAUUUCUAAAUAAGAAAAAAAAGUCUAUCCAUGUUAGAAUCAUCUUUGGCAGUAACUACAGAUGUGAGUCUUUCUGGGUAGGUCUCUAAGAGUUUUCCACACCUGGAUUGUGGAGAAUUUGCCGUUUAUUCGUUUCAAAAUUCUUGAAGCUCUGUCAUUGGUUGUUGAUCAUUGCCAGACUACCAUUUUCCGGUUUUCAAGUAGAUUUUUGUCAAAAUUGUAACUCGGUCACUCAGGAAAAUGUACAUUCUUCUUGGCAAACAAAUUCAGUGUAGAUUUAACUUUGUGUUUUAGGUUAUUGUCCUGCUGAAAGGUGAAUUAAUCUCCCAGUGUCUGGUGGAAAGCAGACUGAACCAGGUUUUCCUCUAGGAUUUUGCCUGUGCUUAGUUCCUUUCAGUUUCUUUUUUAUCCUGAAAAACUCCCCAGUCCUUAAAAAUUACAAGCAUACCCAUAACAUGAUGCAGCCACCACUAUGCUUGAAAAUAUGGAGAGUGGUACUCAGUAAUGUGUUGUAUUGGCUUUGGCCCAAACAUAACAGUUUGUAUUCAGAACAAAAAGUGAAUUGCUUUGCCACAUUUUUUGCAGUAUUACUUUAGUGCCUUGUUGCAAACAGGAUGCAUGUUUUGGAAUAUUUUAUUCUGCACAGGCUUCCUUCUUUUUACUCUGUCAAUUAGGGUUAGUAUUGUGGAGUAACUACAAUGUUGUUUAUCCAUCCUCAGUUUUAUCCUAUCACAGCCAUUAAAUUCUUAAAACUGUAACUGUUUUAAAGUCACUAUUGGCCUCAUGGUGAAGUCCCUAAGCGGUUUCCUUCCUCUCCAGCAACUGAGUUAGGGUGGACGCCUGUAUCUUUGUAGUGACUGGGUGUAUUGAUAAACCAUCUAAAGUGUAAUUAAUAAAUUCACCAUGAAAAAAGGGAUAUUCAAGGCAUUGGAAAACCUCCCUGGUCUUUGUGGUUGAAUCUGUGUUUGAAAUUCACUUCUCGAUUGAGAGACCUGAUAAUUGUAUGUGUGGGGUACAGAGAUGAGGUAGUCAUUCAAAAAUCAUGUUAAACACUAUUAUUGUACAUAGAAUGAGUCCUAUAAGUUUCUAAUGUAUGUGACUUGUUUAGCACAUUUUUACUAUUGACCUUAUUUAGGCUUGCCAGAACAAAGAGGUUGAAUACUUAUUGACUCAAGACAUUUCCGAUUUUCAUUUUUUAUUAAUUUGUAAACAUUUCUAAAAACAUAAUUCCCCUUUCACAUUAUGGGGUAUUGUGUGGAGGCCAUUGAAAACACAUCUAAAUGUAAUCCAUUUUAAAUUCAGGCUGUAACACAACAAAAUGUGGAAAAAGUCAAGGGGUGUGAAUUAUUUCUGAAGGCCCUGUAUACAAGUGACAGAGACUGUGGUGCUAGCUGUAUAUCUGUUGGUUCUAGAUUACCCACAUCUUUCUCUAAUGUCCUCUGCUAGUGGUUUCAUUCCCACAGGAAGCCAGUGUGGAUCCGUGACGUUUCCUUUCCGCCCUACAUAUACAGCCUUGCCUCUGUUGUCAUGCAGAGCCAAUAGGGGUUUAGGUUUCAGUCUAUUGACUGUAUGACAGACGGUAGGCCUGGCUGGUCGUAUAAUAUAGGCCAGUCAGUGACUGAUACAACCAGUCGGUCUCCUAGUAAUGUAGGUUUUCUUUUCCUGGUUCAAAAAGGGGCUUAGGUGGUGGGCGUGGCAGGGAUUUUAGUGAACAUUUCAGUGGCCCCAAUCUUGCCGGUGUGGAGAAUUUCCUGCAAUAUCCAAUUUCCUGCAAUUGUACAAAUUUUUCCAUGGAGCUGAGAGAAAAUGUAGCAGUUUUAAAGAAGAUUUCCUGCGAUUCUAUGCCUUUUGCUGUGGCUAAGGCUGUGUUCUAUCGCUCAAACAUAAUGACAAAAUCAAUUCUCCCUGACUGUCUAGCUUUUAUUUUGGUUAUUGUUAGUUUUCAAAGAUUAUAUUAUAAGAAAAUAUAUAGGUCAUUUUUUUCAUACAUACUUUAUCUUCAUUUAGUCGUUUCAGUUUAUACUGAAAGCAUUUAUUUUUUACACUGUUUGGAUUUUGGUGGCCAGAAAAAACGCUCAAGGAUUUCAAUGGCAGAAAAAUCCCUGUAAUGCCUCCAAUCUCCGCCCCUGUGGCUGAUGACAUGUAUUCAAUGUUAUUUCAAUGUUGAUUCAAUGUUUCCUCCCUAACCAGACCACCCUGACCCUAAAAAGGCAGUGUUUCUCAAUAGUAGUUCUACGGUUGCGUAUGGUUUCUUGCCCAAUACAAGAACACCUGAUUCUACUCUAUUGCUAGUGCUUGUGUUGGGCUGAAACGAAACGGUGCAGUCUUGGUGUUACCCAGCAAGAUUGCAAAGUUCUGGUAACUUUCCCCCAAAUUCCUAGGUUUUCCCAGAAGUCCCAGUUGGCCCGUAAUCAGUAGGGCAUACGCAGGAAAUCAGGAAUCCUUUUCUGUAAAACUUGGGAAAUUUGGGGGAAAGUUACUGGAAUUUGGCAACCCUAGAAACACUGCUGUCCAGUUGUCCUGUUAUAGUUUCUGCCUCAUCUGGUGGUGUUUUUUGUUGUUCACUUUUCACUCUACUGUUGACUCAACUGAUGCAGUGAGAAAGGCUCAUAGGACUCAGUUUGCAGUUAAACUCUAGCAGGCCAAAUGUAAUUGAAUGCAGAGUGGAGAUUUGGGCUGGCGAUUUUAGGAUUGACUGUGGAAUGGCUUGGUAAUCUACUCUAAGCCCUUAUCAGAGACACAGGUUAUAUUUGAGCUGCUGCACUCUUGUGCAGUCUGUCACACUGCCAUGCGUGUGCGUGCGCGAGUGAGGCGGAGGGAGAGGCAGGGGUCAAUUGAGAAUGGCUAGCUUGUGUUUCCUACUGCCUGAAACUGAGAUUCUGUUACUGCCAUGGAAGAGUUGGGAGAAUGUUAGGAGGACUGCCCCCCCGUCGAUACCUGUAACCCUACCCUGUCAGGACCACUCUCCAGUGUCUCUCUAGAGUGGUGUGUGUGUGUUUUAUGUCACCUGUUUAGUUUGUUUGUGCUGCAACCAUUCACCACUACAGUGAGUUAGUACUGUUUUCGUCUGACUACUUCAUCCCAAAAGAUGUUUCCCCAUGGUUAAAACCUCACUUUCCCAGCCCGCCCCUCCACGUUGGAGCCAACCAAUCUAGCUAGAAGGCUGGUACCCCCCCACCCCUAUUCGCUGAACUCUGUUCCCUCUCUUGUUCCUAUUGGUGGGCUGCCUCGCUGGGACCCUGCGAGUGUGCGAGGUCGUCCAAAUGAAACCCAAGUGCACCGUCCACUCAUAAAUAGGCCAACCACACGGGCAUGCGCUCGUACAUUUACAACCGGAGCACUGUGAUUGACUCGCAGGCGGAGCACGGCGGCAUGCGGACGUACUUCUUCAGCGCCGACACGCAGGAGGACGUGAACGGCUGGAUGAAGGCCAUGAACCAGGCGGCGCUGAUGCAGAACCAAACCGACAGCCUCAAGAGGCCGUCGGAAACAUCGGGGAAAUCGGAAAUGCCCAACACGUCAGAACGCAAGGGUGUCCCCCAAACCAACCACGUCAACAACUACACAAAGACCUCACGUGAACCCCGAGCCGACCUCCAUCUCCAUAGCGAUGGAGUGAUCCUCAAACCUGCCGAUAUCCGAGAAACCGAGGAGCGCCGUAGCUUCCGGAACGACACACUCAAUCCCAUCACUUCCAAGAUUCCUUCCCUCGGCGGUGGAAGCGUGGAAAUUGAAAUGGACGCCGUCCCUCCUAGCAGUCUCCCUUCCCUUCCCUCCCUACCUCCAGACUCCGCCUCCGCACCCACAUCCGCGCCCCCCUCCAGGGCGCCAUCACGUGCCCCGUCGCGCGGCGCCUUCACCCUGCCCCCCGGGGCCUGUCUGAGGAACGGAACACCCACUCCAGAACCCAACGGGAUGGGGACGGGGACGUACCAGAGGGCCACGCUGGCCCCACAGGUGGUUGACACUCAAAGGCAGGUGCAGAGGAGGAGCGCCCUGGAGCAGGUGGAGCACUGGGUCAAGGUGCAGAAGGCCGAGCACAAAGGCCCCCCCUCAAGAGGGGGCACCCUCCCCCGUCACAGCCCCCCGACUCAGCCCAAGUUCAUCGGCCUGGAGGCCUACCAGACGCUGCCAAAGACCCCUCGCCGCAGCCCCCCCACCGCCGCGCGCCAAGGGGAGUACAAAUACGCACAGGACCGCCUCAGCCACUUCCGACUCGGACCCUCAGACCCCCAGGGUACCUGCGCCAGGGACGGGGGUGGCAUCGGUGGGCCUGGCACCGUGUGGCAGCUCUACGAGUGGCAGCAGCGCCACCAGUUCCGCCACGGCAGUCCCACCGCCCCCCUCUACACACCUGCCCCGGACUACCCCUUCGGGCCCAGGCCCCCCUCCACGGUGCCCCCCUCGGCCCCGCGACCCAGUUCUGAGGUUCCCCGCUGUGUGUCGGUACCCCCAGACCCCUCCGACAUCCGCCCACCGGGCCCCCAGAGCUCCAGGGCCCUGUCCCCCCCACGGAGGCCCCACACACCCGUUAACCGGGUGGUGGUAAUGCCCCGGGGGGAGAGGGAUGCACUGGACGUGCCGGUGGCUGGGUCCCCCCGAAGAGCCAAGUCUCAACUACUCAAGGCUGCCACCAUCGAGAGACGGUCCAUGCCUCCCUCCAACUACAUCACACACACGGUCAGCGCUCCCAGCCUUCACGGGAAAACGCCUGAGGAGCUCACCCUCCUGCUCAUUCAGCUCCGGAGGCAUCAGGCAAAGAUGGCCGCCGCGCGCCACCACACGCUAACCCAGCUGCAGCACUUCAACUACACCCCUUCUGGCCCCCAUUUCCUCACCACCAAAAACAACCCUCUCUUCUCCUCCGGCCCUUCUUAUCUGGGGCCCUUCCUGGGCCCCUCAGGCCCCAUGGGCCACGGCAGCAGCAGCCAGGUGGGGGCCCCCAGUACGCCUGGUCUUCUUUACCCCACCAAUGUUGACGAUACGUACAUGCAACUGAAGAAAGACCUGGAGUAUCUAGACUUGAAGAUCAAAAGUUUAGAGCCGUUCAUCCUCACGGCUCACAGUGUGCUACUGCACUGCACCGCCGGGCCUCUCGGGCCACUAUGGAACGUGGUUGGAAGUCAGACGUUGAAAGAAGCAACAAGACCUGUCAGAGUAGCCGAGAGUGACGUGGAUGUUAAACUCAGUCGGUUAUGUGAGCAGGACAAGACCCUGAAGGAUCUGGAGGUCCGGAUCAGCUCACUGAAGGACGAUAAGGACAAGCUGGAGUCGGUGCUGGACGUGUCCCACCAACAGAUGGAGCUGUACAGAGACCAGGCGACCCACCUGGAGAAGAUAGCCUACCAGCAGAGACUCCUACAGGAGGACGUGGUGCACAUCAGGGCCGAGAUCUCCAGCGCGUCCACGGAGAUGGCCCGGGCCUGGGAGGACUACAGCAGGCUGGAGAGCUCUGUGGAGCAGUUGAGGGCCGUGCUACAGGCACACAUGAACCACAGCGCCACCCCUCAGCAGGAGAAAACAGAGAUAAAGCGGGAGCUGUGGAGGAUAGAGGACGUGAUGGCAGGACUGAGCUCCAGCAAAGCAAACUACAAGAUCACAAUCGACUCGGUGCAGAACCCAGAGAGGAAACUAGUGGCUUCAGUGUCGGACCCUGAGGUGCCUUCGCAAAGCGCGACGCCCCCCGUAGGGGAGGUUAGGCCCCCCCCUCGCAGCUCCUACACGCUGCCUCACAACCCCGUGCCAAAAUGGGCAGAAGAUGAGGCUCCUCCCAGACCACCACUGCCCAGCCUUUACGAUUAUGAAGACCCGCCCCCCGCCAUCCCACCCCUCCCCAAAGAGGCGUCGGUGGUAGUACGACACACGUCGGUCCGCGGGCUCAAACGCCAGUCAGACGAGAGGAAGAGAGACCGAGAGUGCGGAGGGUGUGUCAACGGAGACUUUAAAGUGGAGCUGCGGUCAUACCUGAGUGAACCAGAACUGCCAGGGACGGGCCAGAGCAGCACAGGGUCUGAGGGGGGCUACCAGACCCUCCCAAACAAAGCAGGUCUGUCGGGCUCAUCGCCGAGGCUGAACCAGUCCAGUAACAUCUCCUCCUACGUGACCCUGAGGAGAGGGGCGGCCGCCUCUGCAGAGACGGAGAGACCUAAGAGUGCUUUGGAGCAGCUCUACUCCUCUGGCCAGCAGCCCCAGCCUCUGGCCCAGGCCCCCCGGGGCCGCAUGAGCGCAGAGGAGCAGCUGGAGCGCAUGAAGAGGCACCAGAGGGCCCUGGUGCGCGAGCGCAAGAGGAACCUCAGCCAGGGAGAACGCCACUCCAACGCUGCUCAUCGUACCUCCUCCACCAGGGCUCUCUCCUCCACUGACCUGGGCUCAUGGAGGCAAGAGCAGGAGGACUUUGAUUUGCAGCUGGAGCAGAAAGCUCAGGUGGAAGAGCGACAGGUUGCCGAGGGCCAGAGCGACGAGGGGCGGAGCGAGCUGAAGGAAAAGAGGAUCCAAUCAGACGAGUGGCUCUCGGUGAUGGCCAUGCCCAUGAUGGCCAUGCCCAUGAGGGAGAUGGACAUUGAGCCCCUCGACUACGACCUGGAUCUCAGUCGUGAGCUUUCCAAGCCCCAAAAAGUGUCUAUCCCAGAGCGCUAUGUGGAGUCAGACCCUGAGGAGCCUCUGAGUCAGGAGGAGAUGGAGGAUCGUCAACGCAGAGCAGAACGCAUCAAAAACAUCCUGGCCAAAUCCAAUUUUCAGAACAUUCACCCGUCGUCUGGCGUGUCUGUCCCACUGAACUUCACUGAUUUGGACUUAGCCAUGCGGCAGCAGGAGAGGAUCAUGACUGUGUCCCACGCCUUGGCCUCGGAAGCCUCCGUUAAGAGCAAGCAGUUCACAGCCAAAGCUCAGCUGAGCUCUGACUGACCGUUGACUAAUAGACGCCAACAGGACCUCCGUGUGGAUGAAAACUGUGGAGUUCACUGACAAAAGUGAAGUGAUUUUGUAUUAGGCUUUUUAUUAGCGCUAAAACAAGAUGCUUUUUUAAAGAACCGAAAGGAGUUAUUUGAAACCACACUGCGUGUACUUAAUGUUAAGGUUGAAUUGGAGUUGUUUUUACAUGCUUUUGCACUUUUAUGGCGUGUGUGUAAUUAUUAACACCUACUAGUUUUUGCAAUGGAGAAUAAUUAGCUGUUUUUUUUGCAGUGUGGUCUAUAUUUUCAACAGAAAUUAAGUUCAAAGCAAUGUUUUCUAAGGUUGCAGAUAGAGAUAUUUAUUUUGAGUAAUUAAAGAAGCUUGCACCAAAUGUUACUUUUUGUAGCUCAGCAAUGCAACCUAAUGCUUUGGCCAAUCAACUGUAUUGUGUCAUUUAAAAAGGAAAGAAACCAUACUGGUGUUUUAUUGAAAUAAAGGUUUUAACAAAA